CACUGGUGAAAUAGUUAGGAACAGGGAAGAACUCGCCGGGCCAGUCAGAAAAUCUGCAGAAGAAAGCGAAUGGAGCGAUAAACACGAGUCAGCUAACAAGAGAGACACCGCUGGGACGUCAGGUAGGAAUCUGUACGUGAGGUGGUUAACAAUGGACCACAACAGUGAAACCAAGAAGAUGACCUCUAACCCUUCUGAAACCCAGGACCUGGCUCCACCCAGAGGCCCAGGCUGCAGCUGGCUGGUGGUCGUAGCGGCUGUAGCGGCCUCUCUGAGCGGCUUGAUGCUGGGCUACGAAAUGGGUCUGACCUCUGGAGUCCUGCUGCAGCUGCGGGACUUCCUCUCCCUCUCGUGCCGGGAACAGGAACUGCUGGUCAGCUCCCUCCUGCUCGGUGCUCUCCUCAUCUGCCUGGUCGGAGGUCCUAUUCUGGAUCGCUACGGCCGCCGCUGCUCUUUGCUCCUGAGCGCUGCCCUGGUGAUCGGAGGGAGCGUCGUGCUCAUCUCAGUUACCUCACUUGUUGCACUCACACUGGGCCGGGUAAUAGUCGGCAUGGGAACAUCGCUGUCAGGGACAGCGGCGUGUCUGUACAUUGCAGAGAUCUCACCGAGGGAGAGGAGGGGUCUUCUGGUGACGCUGUAUGAGCUGAUGUUGGUUGUGGGCGUAAUGCUGGGAUUUGGCUGUAGUUACGCCUUUGCUACUUUUCCCUAUGGCUGGGCGUACACAUUUGGACUAGUAAUCCCCCCAGCGCUGCUGCAGAUCAGUGUACUUGUGUUCCUACCACCCUCUCCACGCUUUCUGGUCACCAAGGGGAAAGUGGAGCAGGCCAGGAUAGUGCUGGCCAGAAUGAGAGGUGGGAUUCAGGAGCAUGUGGAAAAGGAGCUCCGAGACAUCCAGGCAGGACUUAAAGAGGAAUCAGAGCAUAGUUUCUGGGAGUUGUUCAGCACCAAGGCCAACUUGCGUUCACGGCUGCUAACAGGUGUGGCAUUAGUAUUCCUUCAGCAGGCUACUGGUCAGCCCAACAUCCUCUCCUACGCUUCACCACUUUUCCGCAGUGUAGGCUUCAACAGUGAUGCCGCGGCAACCUUGGCCUCCACAGGGUUUGGAGUUGUUAAAGUAGUUGGCACCAUCCCGGCCGUGUUGCUGGUCGACCGCGUGGGACCAAAGAGCUUUUUGUGCGUGGGUGCUGUCGCAAUGGGAAUGUCGCUAGUUGCACUUGGUACAUUGACACUGCAAAGCCACACUCACCUCACCAGCCUGUGUAAAAGUCACACUAUGCUAAAUCACACAAUCACGCCGUGGGAUUUCAACCAAACCACUAGAGACUUCAACAACAGUGACAUUUUUUCUACUGACCUCCCCAGCCAAUGGAACAGUGAGGAGGCACAGCUAACUAACAGAGAGGGUGAUGGGAUUGGGGAGCCAGGAGGAGGGAGUACUUCCUUUCUGAAGUGGGCAUCAUUGAUCAGCUUGCUGGUGUUUGUGGCAGCCUUCUCCAUAAGCCUUGGACCAAUGGUUUAUGUGGUUCUCAGUGAGAUCUUUCCGAUGGGAGUCCGAGGCAGGGCUGUGUCUGUGGUGUCGGCUGUAAACUGGGCCACUAACCUGCUCAUCUCCAUGACCUUCCUCACAAUCACAGAAAAGAUUGGUGUUUCCAAUGUGAUGUUCCUCUACGCUGCCAUGAGUUUCGUUUUACUGGUGUUUGUCAUCCUCUGUGUACCCGAGACCAAGGGUCGCACGCUGGAGGAGAUAUCGAAAGAACUGGCUAAGAAGAAGCACUUUGAGGUGAGGCUCUGCAGGCAGGUUCAGCCUCAAGAAAGCCUGAUCCAGGGCAGCAGUGCGUCCACAGAGAUUCCAGAAAACGUCUGAUUUUUUACACCUCACCUGAAGAUAAGUCAAGAGCAAGGAUCAACCAGGACAAUAUAUUAGCACUGUUCAGGAUUUGGGGUACAACUCGUACAUCUCACCCACAUCUGUACAUCGCUGAAGUUCCAGUUGAUUCCUGUGAUGAUAUCUGUGUCACGUAUAAGUCCUUCUAGCUACAUGCGUAUGUGACAGAAGAAAUCAACAACAUAGGAAUGGUGGGAAUUACAUAUGCAGGAAAGAACUAAAUAAUGGCAGUAUUUGUGAAUUUGCCCAAAUGAGGAUUUCUCAGGGAUCAACCUUGCUUGUUAAAGUCAGUAAAGAAAGGUAUACAAUGGGAAUGACAAUUAGAUUAUAAAAAAUUUGAUUAUUUAAUUCCUUCUUACUUUACCUAUCCAAUUAAAUAUACAGCUCAACUAAUGCAGAAAGGAAUAAACUCCAGAGUAAAUUGACUUCUUACCAGCCAGUAGAACUGAUGAAGCCCUUUUGGAUGAAUGUGCAAACUGCACUACUAGACAUUUUUAGUUGUUUUUUUCAUUUUUACCUGGCAUUGUGAUGAUUGACAUAUGACAGGGAAAUCAAAGACGCACUAAACAAUCAGACACUAAUCACUUUAAAUGUCUGUAGGUAACAUGUUUUUUACAUUGCAAAGAAAUUCCUUUAACAUGACAUUUAUAUGCUGCUCCCUGUCAAAGUCAUGUAAUAACACUAACAGGGCAGUUAUGCUACAAAACACACGAAUCUACAUGGUGACAGAAAUAUGGAUAAAGGCCACAGUACUCAACAGUAGCAAGAGUCAAAAACAAGCAGUCGGGCAAAGAAAUACUAAAACAAUCAGGGCUAUGAGUCAUACUGUUUAGAGUAUAACCAGUAUUAUUAUUAGUAGUAGUGUAAUAAGUGGGAUAUGUGAUUUUUUUUUUUUUUUUUUUAAAUGUGCCAAUGAUGCCAAAAUUGUAGUUUUACUGCAAGACAGAAUGCCUUGUGUGGCCCGGGUCAUUUUCAGAUCUGCACUUUGAUACCUCUCCGAUCUUUUCUUAACGUUGGAACAUGUCAACUGGUUUUAGUAAUCUGUCACUUUAAAAAUCUUGGAUAGUUUUUAAAGUGUUACACUCCACCUGUAAUCAGGACCUGCAUGGACAAAUAGAUUACCAUGAGAGUAAAACAAAGCGACCAGUAGUCCUGUGGUGGCCUGUGUUAUCAUGAACCUUUAUUUUUAUACAAAAUACAAAAUUCUGAACAAGUGUCACAAAUUUUCAGUUGACACUGGUUCAAAAAGUCCAUCCCACAUACUUGAGACAUUUACGUUUUUAAUCAACAUCUUUUCAAUCAGAUGCCUUUAUUAUAUGCAUACGUCCACGUUGCCUGUCAUUAGGUUUUCCUAUUUAAAAACACUUCACCAUUGUUUGUUUUUGUUGUUAAGGAAGAAGGUUAUUCUAGGGUUUAUUUUUCAGUUCAGGGCACUGGCUAAUGCUGUAAGCAUGGCGUCUUUGAACACCGCAUGGUCUUAUGUUGCCUCAAAAACUAAAAUGAAUGUACUGCCACACCUCUUGACAGGUGACAGUGCUGAGUUAACAGCCACACAACGCUGUAUGACGUAACUAUACAGCUGCUUUUGUAAUUAUGAAUUAUUUACUUAAACAUUACAAUCUAAUGAAUUUGUGCCUUUGUCUUGUGCCUUUCCAGCAAUUUCCUAAUACCAAUUGGGUUUAUUAACUUUAUAACUGGCCUACUUAAACGCUACUUUUAAAUGCCUUUCCUUAGAACCACUGUAGUCUGAGACUGUGUGUGUGUGUGUGUGUGUGUGUGUGUGUGUGUGUGUAGCUCAACAACACGCCAACUGAAAUAAAAUAUACAUAAACCCUUCAAAAGUUUUCAUUACAUUCCAAAAACAUUUACGCCAUCAAUCGUGUUCUGUACAUUG